AUGGAAGUGCUGAUCAUAUGUAUUUCGUUGUGGAUAUUGCAAUGCAAUUCAGUGGCCAGCGCGGACUCUAUCAUUCACAUCGGUGCCAUAUUCGAGGAGAACGCAGUGAGGGAUGACGAGGUUUUCCAGCUGGCGAUCUCAGACCUCAGUCUCAACGACGACAUUUUGCAGAGCGAGAAAAUCACACAUUCCAUAAAACUUGUCGAGGUUAACAACCCCUUCCAGGCGGUCCAGGAAGCCUGUGAGUUGAUGACCCAGGGCAUCCUGGCUCUGGUCACCUCUACCGGCUGUGCCUCGGCCAGCGCCCUCCAAUCCCUGACAGACGCAAUGCACAUCCCACACGUGUAUGUCCAGCGCAGUGGCGAGGGCUCGCCACGCACCACCUGCCAGCUCAAUCCCAGCCCCGACGGCCAACGCUACACCCUGGCGGCGCGCCCGCCCGUCCGUCUCAACGACGUCAUGCUCACCCUAGUUGGCGAGCUGCGCUGGCAGAAGUUCAUCGUCUUCUAUGACAACGAGUAUGAUAUCCGCGGCCUACAGGGUUUCCUGGACCAGACGUCUCGGCAGGGGCUGGACGUAUCUCUACAGAGAGUGGACAGGAACAUCAGUAAGGUCUUCUCGAACCUCUUCAACACCAUGAGGACAGAGGAGCUCAACCGCUACAGGGACACACUGAGACGGGCCAUCCUACUGCUCAGCCCCCGAGGAGCACAGGUCUUCAUCCAACAGGCUGUUGAAACCAACCUGGCUUCCAAGGACAGUCACUGGGUAUUUGUCAAUGAGGAGAUCAGUGACACUGAGAUCAUGGAGCUGGCCCACAGUGCAUUGGGGCGGAUGACAGUGAUUCGUCAGAUCUUCCCGCUGUGGAGGGACAGCAGCGUGCGCUGCAUGAGGAACAACCACCGCAUCUCCUCCUUACUCUGUGACCCCCAGGAAGGAUACUUACAGUCACUUGAGGUGUCCAACCUGUACCUGUAUGAUAGCGUGCUGGCACUGGCCAACGCCUUCCAGAGGAAGUUGGUGGACAGGAAGUGGCACAGCAUGGCCAGUCUGAACUGCAUCAAGAAGUCCACCAAGCCUUGGAAUGGAGGCUGGUCCAUGCUGGAGAACAUCCAGAUGGGACAUAUCACAGGCCUCACAGGAACGAUGGAUUUCAAAGCGAACGGAUCCAAUUCUCACGUCCAGUUUGAAAUACUGGGCACCAGCUUCAGUGAGACGUUUGGAAAAGACGUGAAAAGGCUGGCUACAUGGGACUCAGUCCAUGGUCUAAAUGGAAGCCUGAAAGAGAGUCGCAUUGAGAAUGGCAUGCAAGGAGUAACGGUCAAAGUAGUAACACUACUGGAGGAUCCAUUUGUCAUGGUGGCUGAAAACAUCCUUGGUCAGCCUAAGCGGUACAAAGGAUUCUCCAUCGAUGUGCUCGACGCCUUGGCCAAGAUCCUGGGCUUCAAGUACGAGAUCUACCAGGUGGCGGACAGCAAGUACGGCUCGCAGCUGCCCAACGGCUCCUGGAAUGGAAUGAUCGGCGAGCUCAUAAACAAGAGAGCUGACCUGGCCGUGUCUGCCAUUACUAUCACUCCGGAGCGGGAAAGCGUGGUGGACUUCAGCAAGCGCUACAUGGACUACUCUGUGGGGAUCCUGCUGAGGAAACCAGAGGAGAAGAUCAACAUCUUCUCACUGUUCGCUCCGUUUGACCUGGCCGUGUGGGGGUGUAUUGCUGCAGCCAUCCCCGUGGUUGGAGUUCUCAUAUUCCUGCUAAGCAGGAUGCAGUCACUGAAGCCCCAGAAUCCUCCAGUGCCACACCAGCAGCCCACCAACCAGGCGUCCAACUCCCUGCACAGUGCUAUCUGGAUAGUCUAUGGAGCGUUUGUACAGCAAGGAGGGGACAGCGUGGUGAGCUCUGUGGCCCUGAGGAUCGUCAUGGGCAGCUGGUGGCUCUUCACCCUCAUCGUAUGUUCCUCCUACACGGCCAACCUGGCAGCCUACCUCACCGUCUCCCGCAUGGACACCACCGUACGGACAUUCCAGGACCUGUCCAGGCAGAUGGACGUGUCCUACGGCACCGUGAGAGACUCGGCCGUCUACGACUACUUCAAGAACAAGGGCACCAACCCUCUGGAGCAGGACAGCACAUUCGCAGAGCUGUGGAGGACCAUCAGUAAGAACAACGGCCAUGAUUACUCUGUGUCCAGUCCCUCAGAGGGCAUCCGCAAGGCGAAGAAGGGCCCGUAUGCCUUCCUGUGGGACAUGGCUGUGGUGGAGUACGCCGCGCUGACGGACGAUGACUGCACCAUCACCGUCACAGGAAACAGCAUGAGCAGCAAAGGCUACGGCAUCGCCAUGCAGCAUGGGAGUCCCUACAGAGACCUCUUCUCCCAGAAGAUCCUGGAGCUGCAGGAGAAAGGAGACCUGGACAUCCUGAAGCAGAAGUGGUGGCCUCGUAUGGGCCGCUGCGACCUCAACAGCCAUUCCAAUGCCACGCCCGACGGGCGGUCCCUGAAACUACACAGCUUCGCCGGGGUUUUCUGCGUCCUGGCUGCAGGACUGCUGCUGGCCUGCCUGGUUGCUGGCCUGGAGAUGUGGUGGAACAGCAACCGCUGCGGGCAAGAGCAGCCCAAAGAGGACAAGGAGGUGAAUCUGGAACAGGUGCAUCGGCGUAUGAACAGUCUUAUGGACGAGGACAUGGCGCACAAGCAGAUCCCCGGCCCGUCUAUCGAGAUCUCUGCGCUGGACAUCGGCAGCAUGCAGCCCAGCCAGCAGCUGGAGUCUGUGCGGGACUACCCGGGCACGGGCCUGUCUGUGAGCGCCUAUCUCCCAGGGGAGGGUCAUGGGGGGGGCCUGGGUCGGACACUAGCUCAGGGCCCUGGCAGCACCCUCCCCCACCACCCCCUCAGCAGCUCCACCAUCCCCUCCAUUCAGUGCAAACACAGAGCUCCCAACGGGGGGCUGUUCCGACAGAGUCCCGCCAAGACGCCCAUGCCAAUGUCAUAUCAGGGAGUUCCCGGAGGACCCAUCCCAGAAGCCAUUGAGUCCACCCACAGUACAUCCAUCUAA